AUGACCCGUCCCGGUAGUGGUCCUCCUCGACGCGGCCAUAUCAAGUCUCGUAAUGGCUGUGAAACCUGCAAGCGGCGCCACAUUCGAUGUGAUGAGGGCUUCCCUCAGUGCUCCAACUGCACCAAACAUAAGAGUCGCUGCCCGUAUAAUGACAUGCACGGCAGUCCCGACCGCGCAACCACACCCGACGAACCUGACCUGAUGUGGACUUCUCAGAUCACGACCGAAAUUACAGAGUGGCAGCGGACUAGAACCUUUCCGUUUCCUUUUCUCGGUGACUACCCUGUCAUCGAGCCAAAGUUCUACUCCGUCGAGGACCUACGUCUUAUCUACCACCUUGCUUCUCUCUACCACCAGCUCGCCGGCAUGGAGGCUAACAACCUCACUCUCUGGACUCGUCACAUCCCGACGCAAGUAAAAUACACAUCCAUUAUCAGAACUCGUCUCUAA